AUGUCCCGGAGGACGCUGGGUGGAGGCCGUGUCCUGGGCACCCCGAACGCUCUAUCGGGCUCUCUAUCAUCUCCGCAGCAAAAGCCUCGGGUCCUUUCGCCUUCCGCCAGUAGCCUCUCUCUCAGUUCGCAAGCUUCGGCUUCUCAGUUCUCGACCGAAACCCAGGAUCUUACAUCCCGUAUUUCCCUCGACAAUGUCGGUACUUCCAUGCCGGCUCCGCCGGCGGCUGCCGGAGCGCAACUGGCUUGUCCGAUCUGCAGUGAGGAGAUGGUAACUGUCGAUCGUUCCGUGCAGAGAACUAGCUCGUGGCCGGCGAUUAAUAUGCUCCGCAGACACCUCGAUGACGUACACCAAAACCUGGAAGACGACCGACAGGAUGAAGUCAAAGAUUGGUUUAAAACCCAGAUGGAGAAGGCGAGACGCUUUCAACCUCUCGCAGUCCUGAAUCAGAAAUUGAAGGGCCUCGAUGUCUUCGAGUCCAACGAAAACCAAGCUUUUGCAGGCGCCAGCCGACCUCAUGUCUCCUCACACGCUCCACCGCCCUCGGAACCACCCAGACCCCUCGACCCGGAUGAUAUUAUCACCAAGGAUCACUGGCAGCCGCGCGGUCUCUACGAUGUGUGCCUUGAGCCUUCGUGCGGCAAGCGGCUCAAUGCCACCAACGGAUCGGCGCAGCAUGAGCCGGUGCGGGGGUUAUGGUGCAGGGUCUGUGAAACGUGCUACAAGUCGCGGGAAGGCUAUAAUGAUCACAAUGGGCUGGUGCGGGAUCGAACGGAUGCAUUCAAGGCUGUGAGGAAGCAGACGGUAGACAAGGCUCUCCUGGAAGUGUCGCGGCUGGAGAAGCGGUUGACACGGCUGACCCAGCUAUUGGCGAGCUUGCCACCGGAGCAGAUUCAGUCCGGCGCAAACAAGCUCUGGUCCAUCGCGUGGCAGAAUGAUCAGCGAAAAGCCCUCGAACAAACCAUUGUCAGCUGGCAGGACGACGCGAGCGUCUUGAGAUGUCCCUUCUGCCAGCAGGAUUUCACCAGUUACACGUUUCGGAGACACCAUUGCAGGACUUGCGGGCGAGUAGUCUGCGGCGAUCCGACGACCGGAUGCUCCACGGAGGUGCCUCUGAGCAUCACGCCAUUGUCUCAUACAUCCGCGGAAAAAGCAAGCAACGCCGAGGUUAUCAACAUUGAUGUUCGGCUGUGUAAGGAAUGCAGGGCGACUCUAUUUGAUCGUCGGGAUUUCGAAGCCGAUCUGGCACGAAAACCUGCGGAUGUGAGGGCUUACGAGAACCUUAUGCAAUUUGAAAGGGGCAUUCGAAUUUUGAUGCCUAAGUUCCAGAAGCUCCUGGCAGCUUUACAAGACCCCAAGCGACCACCGUCGUCUGCACAAAUAGCAGAAGCUUCUAAGGUUCGCAAGAGGCUGACCGAUUCGUUUGCUCAGUACGAUGUCGCUGCCAGGCGAAUCCGGGAUUUGCCCACCGACUCUCCAACACAGAAACUUCUUCAAAAGGCAAUCCAUCAACAAGCGAGCAACUUCCUUCAUCUUCACAUGCUGCCCCUUAAGACGUUGCCGAAGAUCCUGAAACACGCAACACCCAACGGACGGCUACCGAGCGCGACCAGCAGUCCCAGCAGUCCCAGUCCUUCCAGCGGUUUAAACGGAGGCCACCAACGGCAAGGUUCGGCCCUGGCAUCUAUCCGGUAUGGAAGUGUGGCGGCGAGCGGUAGCAACAGCAGUCUGGCAAGCGAUACAAGUAGCGCCAUCUCGGCACUGGAGGCCGAAGAGAAGUCUUUACGGGAACGACUGAUCGUACUGGAGGAGCAGAAGUUCUUUGUAUCGGAGAUGAUCGCAGAUGCCAAUCGACGUCGCAAGUUCGACGAGGUGAGCAGUCUGGCCAUGAACGUUGAGGACCUCACGCGGGAAAUCGACCGGGUCAAUGGCAUGCUGAACGCGCUGGACUUUGAGGGUAUCUACACCGGUGGCCAGCCCUCGGGUGCAUGA